UUGAAAGACCUGCCAUUGUAAAUGUAACGCCAUACUCGGCUGGCAUCAGUCCCACUUCACUGUUUUACAUGUAGUACUCGUAUUUUCUGUCAGAAACAUGGUCACACUGUAGUUUGAUAGACGUCGUCAGGUGCGUCUGACACACUGAGGAGAUGAGUCGCUUUCUGAACGUCCUGAGGAGCUGGCUGGUGAUGGUGUCCGUCAUAGCGAUGGGAAACACGGUGCAGAGUUUCAGAGACCACAGCUUUCUGUCUGAGAAGCUUUACACAGGAACCCCGGAGUUUGUAAAUGGUCUCCAAGCUCGGACUUUUGGCAUUUGGACGUUGCUGUCGUCGAUCAUUCGCUGCGCGUGUGCCAUUGACAUCCAGAAUAAAACGUUGUAUCACAUCACCUUAUGGACGUUUGUGCUGGCGCUGGGACACUUUCUGUCUGAAGCCUUCAUCUACAAAACAGCACCACUGACCAUCGGAGUCAUGGCUCCUCUUAUUGUGGCAAGUUUCUCUGUCAUAGCAAUGCUCAUUGGAUUCCAGUGUUUUCCAGAGACACAGGAAGAAGUCGGAGCUCGACAGAAGAAGCGUAACUGAAUCUCAGUAGUUAGGGUUUUCCUCUAGUAGACUGAAUCCACCACCGCCAGACACUUGCGGACUGAUCCUAGUGUGCUACUUCUUGCCUUGAAGAACAGGCGAUCACUUAUUUCCUGCUGUGACAUUUUAAAAUGCACCAUUUACAUUUAUGUCUUCAUUUUACAGUGGACAGUGCAAUCAGAACAGUGUUACACUAUAAUGGUUAACGUGUGUUGUGUUUGUGCAAAUGAGCAAUACAUGGAGGCUUCAUUUUAAGAAUUUUGCAAUAUCUUAACAGCCAGAAUUUCAGUUUCAGUGUGGCGGUGCUGAAAGAAAUGACAACAGGAAUAAUCCAGACAAGCUUUUUCUGAGGAUGCUAAUUGUUUUAUUUCACUAGAUUGCAACCUUCUGUUAAUUUUUUCAAACAAUUACUCAAAUUUUACCAAAGAUCUCCAAGACUGCACAGUAAAAACUACACCCUUCAUUAUAAACCAUCACAAACAUGUAUAGCAGCAGUUAUUCUUGAUGUUUUUUUCUGCUGGAGGAGGUUUGUACGCCGUCAGAAUUUAUGCACCGCUACCGUCGUGUGAAACCUUUUUAAAAGUCGUGUUUUCUAUCAAAGUAAUAAGAUAAUGAUAUGUAUUUUUCAAAUCACAAUCUAUAAAUGAAAAUGUAUUCUAAGUAUGCAGGUGUCUUGUUUCCAGGGAUGUAAUUGUGUUUUUGCUUCAUUUUUGAUAAACUCUUAAUUCCCUA